CGCGCGAGCUGGGCCUGGCGCUUGGCAAUCCCUGCGGCUAGGGUUUUUGAGUUCACACUGGUACCCGGUAGCGUUCUCGGGUAGCCGGCGGCGGCUUUUUCCACGCAGCAUUCUGCUUGAGACCGAGUCGGUGGUUGCGCCACCGCGAGGCCUGGCUGCCGCUGGGGAGACAGAUCCGACUGGACAGGCCUGACCAGAGUUCCCAGGGCCAGACCCGGCGUCUGACAGCAGAAGCCGGAGGCAGAGCAGGCCUGCAGAGCGCGGCUGGGGCUCAGAGAACUGCUGGGAGGCGGUGGCGCGAGGUGGCAUCCAAAUGCUGGAGGAAGGAGAGCCACCUUCUCCAGACCCUGUCCUUCCCCAUGAGGAAACCACAGGAGAUGAAGGAAUGGCAGCUGGUCUCACAGUUGGGACCCACGGAUCCAUGCCCUUCAGCAGUGUGACUGUAGCUUUUACCCAGAACGGGUGGAGGCACUUGAUCCCUGCUCCUAAGGACAGGUUCAAGGAGGGGAUACCAGAAAACACCAGGAACUUGGUCCUGCUGGGACUUCCAGUGUCCCAGCCUGGCAUGAACUCUCAGUUGGAACAAAGGGAAGAAGGCCCGUGGAUGCUGGAGGGAGGAGGCCUGAGGAGCACCUGCACCGACUGGAAGAUUAUGUCUGAAUCACCACCCGAGCAAGACAUUUCUGAAAAUUCAUUCCAAGACACAAGUAUAGAGAUGCCCCCUGGGGAGUCAGACCCCAGGAACAGUGAACCGGGGAAGGGCUUCAACCUGAGACCAGUCCUUUCUCCACAACAGAGAGUUCCUACAGAAGUGAGACCCCACAAAUGGGAAGCACAUACAGAGAGCCUCAGGAAAAAUUCAGAUACCACGGAGCCUCACAGAGCGAAACCAUAUACGUGCAGUGAAUGCGGCAAAGCCUUCAGUUACUGCUCCUCCCUGUCUCAGCAUCAGAAGAGUCACACUGGGGAGAAGCCGUAUGAGUGCAAUGAAUGUGGGAAGGCUUUUGGCCAGAGUUCAUCUCUCAUUCAGCACCAGAGGAUUCACACCGGAGAGAAGCCUUACAAAUGCAACGAAUGUGGAAGAGCCUUCAGCCAGAACGCCAACCUCACCAAACACCAGCGAACUCACACGGGAGAGAAGCCCUACAGAUGCAGCGCGUGCGACAAGGCCUUCAGUGACUGCUCGGCCCUCGUCCAGCAUCAGCGAAUCCACACAGGAGAAAAGCCCUACGAGUGCAGCGACUGCGGGAAGGCCUUCCGCCACAGCGCGAAUCUCACAAACCACCAGAGGACGCACACAGGGGAGAAGCCGUACGAGUGCAGGGAGUGUGGGAAGGCCUUCAGUUACUGCGCCGCCUUCAUUCAGCACCAGCGAAUCCACACGGGGGAGAAACCCUACAAGUGUGGCGCAUGCGGGAAGGCCUUCAGCCAGAGCGCAAACCUCACAAACCACCAGAGGACUCACACGGGAGAGAAGCCCUACAAGUGCAGCGAGUGUGGGAAGGCCUUCAGCCAAAGUACAAACCUCAUAAUCCACCAGAAGACCCACACUGGGGAGAAGCCCUAUAAAUGUAAUGAGUGUGGGAAAUUUUUCAGUGAGAGUUCAGCCCUCAUUCGACAUCACAUCAUUCACACAGGAGAAAAACCCUAUGAGUGCAAUGAAUGUGGGAAGGCGUUUAACCAGAGCUCCUCCCUAAGUCAGCAUCAGAGAAUCCACACUGGUGUGAAACCCUAUGAAUGUGCCGAGUGUGGGAAGGCCUUCAGGUGUAGUUCAGCUUUCAUUAGACAUCAGAGACUCCAUGCUGGGGAGUAACCAGAAACAACCAAAAAGCAGGUAGGGACCUGACAGGCAUUGCAGGUAGUUUGAAAACCUCUGGAGACAUCAGGCUUUUUAUAGUCUGUAGCUCAGAGGCACAUGCAAAAAAAAGCACCUUUAAUAAAUAGUCCCUACUUUA